AUGGGUGAUUUCCCGGUACUAAUUGAUCCAAACACUUGUGUCAACCCCCUCCCCUCACUGCGCAAGUCGAGAGGAAGAAGAAUGCUCACUACAAUUAGUAAAAAUAGCAUUUCUAGUUCACGUGGAACUAAUGAAAUAACAGAGCCGGUUAGGACAACAACCGAUGCUCAUCCAAGUUCGUUCUGCUCCAACGGACUCUUUGAACUUUUGGCCCAUCCAUGCCCUGGAUCAUUUUGUUUGGACUGUCCAGAUAGCUGGCCACAAGUGCACUCCAGAGAGCCUUCUUUCUUGACUUGUUUAGUUCUGUCAACAGCCCAAGUUUGUGUGGGAAUCAUGACCGUAUUUUCCCCAUUAUUAAUUCGGUCCUGGGGGUUAGUGCAAAUAAUGAAUGCCGACUUUCCGGAUGCAGAAGCCCCAAGAGGCCUCUUGAUGCAAUAUGCUCGGCGUCAUUAUGGUAUCUUUUUGGAGCUGGGUACAAUUGUCAACGGUGGAGGAUAG